AUGGCAGAAGUAGUUGCGGCCGCCAACCCGGCCCCGCAGUGGAAAUCGGUGCGACCCGGAAAGAUCGCUUGGACAGAGAAGCAGGCUGACCUGGCCAACACUAUGCUGGCGAACAUUCCACAGAAUGCAAGAGAGAUCUUCGAGCAGGGCCGAUUCGGCGGAGGGGAUCUCGUGGUUCUGGAUAGUCUCAUAUCGCGGCCGGGCUACAAGGAGAUCCGGGUGAACUAUGUAUGGUUGCGUCCAAUAGUGCAGAUGUUCGAGGACAAGGUGCCAUCAGCACUGUACUUGACGGACGUGCUCCUUUACCUAGAUGGAACCCUGGACAAGAAACUCCUGGUUGCAAAGAGAGACACCCCGGAAGCCCUGCUGACGAAACAAGACUUGGCCGGUCGUGAAGCUGGGAAGCUGAAAAAGCUGAUCUCGUCUUUGCGCUACUUGUACAGGAACGGUGAGAAAUCAUUGGAUCCAUAUGUCACAGAGCUGAAAUCUUUCUUGAAGCCUUCCCCGCGAGCAGUCCUAGCCAACCGCAAUCGACGCGCUCAGCCUCAAGCUGAUGAUGCAGUGGAGGCUGCGAGUGACAAGGAUAGCGGCGAGGACGAAGAGUCCGAGGGUGGUUCUGGGGAGGAGGCUUCCGGUGAUGAGGCUAGCCCCAGCAUGGCCCUGGUCGCUGCCACAGAGGUUGCCGAUGGUCAGGAGAGCAGCGGUGACGAAGAGUCCAUGAGCGAUGAUGGGGCCGAGGCUGCCACAGAGGCUCCCGAUGGUCAGGAGAGCAGCGACGAGGAAGAGGGCGAUGAUCGGGCCGAGGCUGCCACAGAGGCUCCCGAUGGUCAGGAGAGCAGCGACGACGAAGAGUCCAUGGGCGAUGAUCGGGCCGAGGCUGCCGGUGAUGCUGCCACAGAGGCUCGCAACGACCAGGAGAGCAGCGACGACGAAGAGUCCAUGGGCGAUGAUCGGGCCGAGGCUGCCGGUGAUGCUGCCACAGAGGCUCGCAACGACCAGGAGAGCAGCGACGACGAAGAGUCCAUGGGCGAUGAUCGGGCCGAGGCUGCCGGUGACGAGGCGAGCCACGGCAUGGCCCUUGUCGCUGCCACAGAGGUGGCCGAUGGUCAGGAGAGCAGCGACAACGAAGAGUCCAUGGGUGAUGGCAAGGAUAGCAGCGACGACGAGUCCAUCAAGGGUCCGGUAGAGACUUGGCCGAAGGAGGUGACCCGCAGCGAGCUCCAGAAAAUGUUGGCUCAGUUCGACAGCGAUGACGAAGUGAAGCAGCUCCAGGCUUCGGACGGUGAGGACCGGUCUGACCUCGCAGCGAGCGAAGGUGAUCAGGAUUCGGACUUUGAGGAGGGCCUCACCGAUGCCGAGACACUGGUUUUGGGCCAAAGCAAGGACGACGAUGAAGACACCGUGCCCGAUUGGUACGAAGCGUGGAGGUCACCGAGCCGGCACGACGAGGCUGAGGAUGAUUGCUCGGUGCACGAUGUUCCUGAGUAUGGUGAGCCCAGCCCCCCCAUGCUCAAGAGGCAUAAGUUCUUCGUGGGACCAAAAGAGCCUAUGCCCGAUCAUGAGUCGCGCAAGUGCUGGCCCGUGGCGAUGGAUGAUAAUGGCGUCGCCGUGAAGGGUCAUGUGCUGGUACCUCCUGAAGAACACCCCCUUUGCAAGCCGCGCUUUCUCAGGGACGACGAGGACUCUGCAUCAAAGCCUGCGAUUUCUGAGCCUUAG